GUGGGGGGUGGGAGGGGAGCUAAUCUAGAGGAGGGGUAUUUCUGCUGGAGACAUCAUGAGGUUACCGGUUUGUUUUUAACGGAUCACCUUAAUCUGGAUCACCGUCUGGGUGACCUGUGCUGCCUUCACGGACUGUAAGAAAUGAGGAUUGUAAAGACUUUCUCCUACUUCUCAUAACCCUGGAUUUUUUUUGGUCUUGUUUGGAACAAAGUGUGAACAAAAGGAAAAACUGAUUCCCCAGUUAUUUUUAUUUAUCGCCUGGAGGACUCGCUCAGGGAAGAACAAUGUCUUUACGGACUGCACUACCUGGGAACGAGCGGAACCAGGACCAUCAUGCCUCCCUGUCGGCCAGCCGCUCGGAUAAAGGUACGGGCUGGUCGAGCCGCUCGCUCGGCGCCCGCUGUCGAAACUCCAUCGCCCUGUGUUCGGACGAGCUGCCGCACAUCGGGAACUACCGACUGCUGAAAACCAUCGGCAAGGGCAACUUCGCCAAAGUCAAGCUGGCCCGCCACAUUCUGACGGGCAGAGAGGUUGCCAUAAAGAUCAUCGAUAAAACCCAACUUAACCCAACCAGCCUGCAGAAGCUGUUUCGAGAGGUACGCAUCAUGAAAACCCUGAACCAUCCCAACAUAGUCCAGCUGUUCGAGGUGAUUGAGACGGAGAAGACCCUUUACCUCGUCAUGGAGUACGCCAGCGGAGGCGAAGUGUUCGACUACCUCGUGGCUCACGGCAGAAUGAAAGAGAAAGAGGCCAGAGCCAAAUUCAGACAGAUUGUUUCUGCUGUUCACUACUGUCACCAGAAGAAUAUUGUUCACAGAGACUUGAAGGCGGAGAACCUGCUGCUCGACGCCGACUCCAACAUUAAAAUUGCCGACUUCGGCUUCAGCAACGAGUUCACUGAAGGCAACAAGCUGGACACCUUCUGCGGGUCGCCGCCGUACGCCGCGCCGGAGCUUUUCCAGGGGAAGAAGUACGACGGCCCAGAGGUGGACAUCUGGAGCCUGGGCGUCAUCCUGUACACGCUGGUCAGCGGGUCGCUGCCGUUCGACGGCCAGAACCUGAAGGAGCUUCGGGAGCGGGUUUUACGAGGGAAGUACCGCGUCCCCUUCUACAUGUCCACAGACUGUGAGGGGAUCCUGCGCCGCUUCCUGGUCCUGAACCCCGCCAAGCGCUGCUCCCUGGAGCAAAUAAUGAAAGAUAAGUGGAUUAACGUUGGUUACGAAGGCGCCGAGCUGAAGCCCCACGUUGAGCCUGAGGAGGACUUCAGCGACAGCGGCCGCAUCGAUGUGAUCGUAGGGAUGGGAUUCGACAGAGAGGAGGUUCGAGAGUCGCUGGUAAAACACAAAUACAACGAGAUCACUGCCAUGUACCUGCUGCUGGGACGCAAGACAGAGACGGACGGCGCCGAGUCUCGGUCGGCCAGCAGCCUGAGUCUGGCUCGCGUCCGGCCCAGCGCCAUCACCAACGGGAUGAGCAAACACUCCACCUCCUCUUCCUCGUCCGGAGCUCAGUCUUCCUCCUCCGGUCACAAGCCUCAGCGCAGCGCCUCGACGUACCACCGCCAGAGACGACACUCCGACUUCUGCGGUCCAGCUGCUCCGGGGUCGGCUCACCCCAAACGGAGCCCCAGCGGCGUGGGCGAGACGGCGGUCCUCAAAGAAGAGCGGCUCUCCGUACGCAAGCCGAGCGGCUCCACUGUGGGCUCCCGUAGCAUCCCAACCCCGUCCAGUCCCAUGGUUAGCUCCGCCCACAACCCCAAUAAAGCAGAGAUCCCCGACAGACGCAAGGAGGUCAAUUCGACUGUGAAUAACAUCCCUGCCAGUGCCAUGACUCGCAGGAACACGUACGUGUGCACGGACCGGUCCGGCGCCGACAGACCAUCGCUACUGCAAAACGGCAAAGAAAACAGCACCUUAUCCCACCGCCUGCCACCGGCCUCGCCCUCCUCCCACAGCAUCGCCGGCGCCUCCGGCGUCUCGUCCGCCACGCCGUCAUCCCGUCUCUCCAGAGGAUCCACGGUGAGGAGCACUUUCCAUGGGGGUCAGAUCAGAGACCGCCGGCCUCCGUCUCACGCCCCACCGGCGUCCCCAACGCUGUCUCACGAUGCGAGCCCGCUGCCCCACGUCAGGAGCCGGGCCCCAUCCAACCUGCUCAGCAAGAUCACCUCCAAGCUGACCCGCAAGGUCACUCUUGACCCUUCUAAACGUCCGAGCUCAAACAAGUCCGUGUCGGGCUGCACCCUCCCGCAGGGGACAAAAACAGUUAGGUCACAGACCAACCUGAGAGAAUCAGCAGAUCUCCGGUCACAAGCCUCAGCUGCUCCAGCCCAGUCUCCGGGUAAAAGCAGCAGUCGCCAUCUAUCUGGGCAUCAAAAAGCGGCCGAGCCCCGGACCCCCCGAUGCGGAUGGGAUGUGAGGGUCCGGAGCCCCCGGGACCCGGCCGAGGUGGUUCUGGCCCUGCGGGAGGCGGCGCAGGGCUGCGGCUGCCAGGUCCACUUGGCCGGCCCGUUCCUCCUGUCCUGCACCCAUGGCGCGGCCGGAGCCCGCGUGGCCUUUGAGGCCGAGGUCUGCCAGCUGCCCAACGGGCCGGGCCAGAGCGGCGUGAAGUUCAGGCGCCUGUGGGGGGCGCCAUUGGCCUUCAGAGACAUCGCCGCCAAGGUGUCAAAGGAGCUGGAGCUCCGAGGUGAGGCGGGUAGGUGACAGACUGACACCUCCAGGAAAACACCCGCAGCUCCCAGACUCCUCCCACUCACAGCCAGACGGACUAAAGAUGGCCCUUUGACCUCCGACCCCCCCUGAGCUCACACAUACACAGCUUGAGGCCAUAGAGUUGGACUUUCUUUUUUGCUCAGAUUUAACUUCAGGUUGCUGAGAAUGACGGAAAACGUGUUGCUGUUUCUGUCGCUUGUCAUCAUUCCUUUUUAAAGAGCUGCUAUUUAAAUGUUUUUUUAAUUAUUUUCCUGUGUAAUAAGUUCAUUUUUUUUGCUUAGUGCUUUUAAAAUAGGAGGAAAUUGACGACUGUUAAUAUUGGAAGCAGAUGUCACAGAGGAAACCUCCGGCCACUAGGGGGAGACAUGCAGAAAUGCAGGGACUGCCAACAGACUAACUGGAGCGUAGUUACGUUUCCUCUGUCUGGAUACCUGCUGAAAAGUUUGCUCCACCAUUUUGUCAUGGUAAAAAGUAAGUACACCCUCCUACAGCUAUAAAGUUUGCCAUAUAAGGACAUAAUGACAAUGUUUUGGACUUUCAAAUUGUCAUUAUUUAUUAAACGAAUAGGAAGCCAAGAUAAAGAAAACAUUGUAAGGGUGUAUUUAGUGCAUUUAGUUUUUCCAUACACAUCUUUCCAUUGGGGUUUCAUUUAGUUUGAUGUAUGUUUACUGUCAUUCAAUCUUUAGUGUGAUUCUCUAAACUUGAGGUUUGAUACAAAUAUUUUUGAAUCUAAUAAACAUCAAAUCACUUUAUUUUGUCUUGUUACUUAUAACUCUAGAAUUAAAGGAGGGUGUACUUUCUUUUUAUCGUAGUUGGCAAGUGAGCAAAACUGCCAAGUUUAAAAAAAUAUAUAAUAAUUAAAUUAAUUGAGCUCCUUCCCAACACUAAGCUUCAGUUAAUAAUGAAACUGUUUUUUUUUUGUUUGUUUUUUUUACAUCAUCAUUAUUAUGAAUUACUUUUACUGCACCAAUAUAAUUCAACAUGGAAAUAAUUUGAAAGAGAUGCCAGAGAUUUGGAUCAAACAUCCAAAUCUCACUUUGAUGUAACAACUAAGAUGCAAAAGAUUCUCCAUUUUGUUUUAUUUUAGGUACUUUAUUGCUCAUCUGUAAGAAGAUCUACCAAUGUUUGUAGAGUUUCUCUGAUUUCUGGUUUCCGUCAGCGUCUGAAAAUGUCAAGCUGUGAUUUAGAGGCUAUUUGUUCGACUUUCUGUUUGUUUACUGCUCUGCCUCAUCGCCCCAAAAUGUUCUCAGACUAAUCCAUGCUUCAAGACCACUGAUUACUUAAAUCCAACGUACCGCCGGCUGAGACACCAGAAACGACCGACUUGCAGUCCUGCAUGUCUCCUAGGAUAUAAUGUGUGACACGAAAUAAAAACCUUCAACCUCUGA